AGCUCCGGAGCCAGUUGUUGCUCGUCUGAGGCUCCGACGGUGAUUGACUAUAAUGGCGACGCUCUCAUUCUGAGUUCAGCUCAUGGACCCAUCUCUGGGCACACAAAAACGGGGGGGACAUAUUUGGGAUAUUUUUCCCCGCAACACUGAAAGACACCAAUAAGGACAGCCAGCCUUAAGAAGGAGGACAUUAUCCCCCAGUCGGAGGAAAUCUCUACAGCUAGCAGUGCUAGCGCUAGCCGCCGUGCUCGCUAGCUGGCUGAGUUGGAGAGCUGGCAUUUCUUGUGUGUUUGGACUGUGAAAGAGGGACAACCAGUCUGCUGCUGGGGCAAAAGAGCCAUGUGUUUGUUUUUUUAAACACAGUUCAGUGAGCUGGGACUUGGGUUCAAGGGACUAGUAUUGAGUAAGAAUUGGUUUACUGCCCUGUGUUUUUUUUUAGGGGGAAGAAAAGCCAGCACUUUUCCUUGGAUAGCUAACUGAGCACAAAAAAAAGACUAGCUCUGAUUGUUUCCGUCUUUUCUUUCCCUUUUCCUGCGAGGAGAAGCUGAGCAUUAUUGUUGUUGUGGUGGCCGGAUCUGUGCAGAAAUGACCACCGGCAGGAACAACCGCGCGAUGAUGGAGGGAGUGGGAGCCCGGGUGGUCCGCGGACCCGACUGGAAGUGGGGCAAGCAGGACGGCGGGGAGGGACAUGUCGGCACCGUCAGGAGUUUUGAAAGUCCAGAAGAAGUGGUGGUUGUUUGGGAUAACGGGACUGCUGCCAACUACCGCUGUUCCGGGGCUUACGACGUGAGGAUACUGGACAGUGCUCCAACAGGUAUCAAGCAUGAUGGAACCAUGUGUGACACCUGCCGUCAGCAGCCCAUCAUUGGUAUUCGCUGGAAAUGUGCAGAGUGCACCAAUUACGACCUCUGCACAACCUGUUACCAUGGAGACAAGCAUCACCUGAGACACCGGUUCUACAGAAUCACCACCCCAGGCAGCGAGAGAGUACUUUUGGAGUCACGUCGCAAGUCAAAGAAAAUCACAGCCAGAGGGAUCUUUGCUGGUGGCCGGGUUGUGAGAGGAGUGGACUGGCAGUGGGAAGACCAGGAUGGAGGCAAUGGAAGGAGAGGAAAGGUGACAGAGAUCCAGGACUGGAGUGCAGCCAGCCCCCACAGUGCUGCCUAUGUACUUUGGGACAAUGGGGCCAAGAACCUGUACAGAGUUGGCUUUGAGGGAAUGUCGGACCUGAAGUGUGUCCAGGAUGCCAAAGGAGGCUCUUUUUACAGAGACCACUGUCCUGUUUUAGGUGAGCAGAAUGGCAACAGAAAUCCUGGUGGCCUUCAGAUUGGAGACCUGGUCAACAUUGAUCUGGAUCUAGAGAUUGUUCAGUCCCUCCAGCAUGGGCACGGGGGAUGGACUGAUGGCAUGUUCGAAACCCUUACGACCACAGGCACCGUGUGUGGUAUUGAUGAGGAUCACGACAUUGUGGUCCAAUAUCCCAGUGGGAACAGAUGGACAUUUAACCCAGCAGUGCUGACAAAGGCCAACGUAGUGCGCAGUGGUGAAGUUGCAGCCGGUGCAGAAAGUGGGAGUUCCCAGUUCCAUGUGGGAGACCUGGUCCAGAUCUGCUAUGACAUUGACCGCAUAAAGCUGCUACAAAGAGGCCACGGGGAGUGGGCUGAGGCGAUGCUGCCUACCCUGGGCAAAAUAGGCCGUGUGCAGCAGAUCUAUUCUGACAGUGACCUCAAGGUUGAAGUUUGUGGGACUUCAUGGACGUACAAUCCUGCUGCUGUCACUAAGAUCGCUCCUUCUGGCUCUGCUGUCAGCAAUGCCUCUGGAGAGCGCCUGUCUCAGUUGUUGAAGAAACUAUUUGAGACGCAAGAAUCCGGGGACAUCAACGAGGAGCUGGUCAAGGCAGCGGCCAAUGGAGACCUGGCCAAAGUCGAGGACAUUCUAAAGAGACCAGAUGUGGAUGUGAAUGGACAGUGUGCUGGACACACUGCCAUGCAGGCAGCCAGUCAGAAUGGUCACGUGGAUGUCCUCAAACUGCUGCUGAAACACAACGUGGACCUGGAGGCUGAGGACAAAGAUGGAGACCGGGCAGUGCACCAUGCAGCCUUUGGUGAUGAGGGCUCUGUCAUUGAGGUACUGCAGAGAGGUGGUGCUGACUUGAAUGCCAGGAACAAGCGAAGGCAGACUCCAUUACACAUAGCAGUUAACAAGGGCCAUCUACAGGUGGUUAAAACCCUGCUGGAUUUUGGCUGCCACCCCAGUCUUCAGGAUUCAGAGGGUGACACGCCUCUGCACGAUGCCAUUAGCAAGAAGAGAGAUGACAUGUUGUCAGUGCUCCUGGAGGCUGGUGCAGACGUCACCAUCACCAACAAUAAUGGCUUCAAUGCCUUGCAUCAUGCUGCCCUACGAGGAAACCCUAGUGCCAUGCGUGUGCUGCUAUCUAAACUGCCAAGGCCUUGGAUUGUCGAUGAGAAGAAAGACGAUGGAUAUACCGCAUUGCAUCUAGCUGCCCUCAACAACCAUGUGGAGGUGGCCGAACUUCUGGUGCACCAGGGCAACGCCAGUUUAGACAUUCAGAAUGUCAACCAGCAGACGGCAUUGCACCUUGCAGUGGAGCGCCAACACACUCAGAUAGUUCGGCUGCUGGUGCGGGCAGAGGCCAAACUGGACGUGCAGGACAAAGAUGGAGAUACUCCACUUCAUGAGGCACUGCGUCACCACACAUUGUCCCAACUGCGACAACUCCAGGAUAUGCAGGAUGUCAGCAAAGUGGAGCCCUGGGAACCCUCCAAGAACACAUUAAUCAUGGGCUUAGGCACCCAGGGAGCAGAGAAGAAGAGUGCAGCAUCCAUCGCCUGCUUCCUGGCAGCUAAUGGAGCGGACUUGACUAUUCGCAACAAAAAGGGGCAGUCUCCUCUAGACCUGUGUCCCGACCCCAGUCUCUGCAAAGCUUUGGCCAAAUGUCACAAAGAGAAGAGCAGUAGCCAGGUGGGCACUCGUAGCCCAUCUCUUAACAGCAACAUUGAGUCUCUGGAGGAGUGCAUGGUGUGUUCUGACAUGAAGAGAGACACUCUGUUUGGGCCGUGUGGACACAUUGCCACCUGUUCACUCUGCUCACCCCGCGUCAAGAAGUGUCUCAUCUGCAAGGAACAGGUCCAGUCGAGAACCAAGAUUGAGGAGUGUGUUGUCUGCUCCGACAAAAAGGCGGCCGUGUUGUUCCAGCCCUGUGGUCACAUGUGCGCUUGUGAGAACUGUGCCAGCCUCAUGAAGAAGUGCGUACAGUGCCGGGCUGUGGUGGAACGGCGGACCCCCUUCGUCCUCUGCUGCGGAGGGAAAGGUAUGGAGGAUGAUGCCGAUGAUGAUGAUGGUGGUGAUGAUGAUGAUGAUGAUGAUGAUGACCUUACAGGGAGCACUAACAAUAUGGCAGGGGGAUCGCAGGAUCUUCUCCAGCCCAACAAUCUGGCACUAAGUUGGUCAAGUGGAAACAUUCCUGCCCUGCAGAGGGACAAGGACAACACCAACGUCAAUGCUGAUGUGCAGAAACUCCAGCAACAGCUACAAGACAUCAAAGAACAGACCAUGUGUCCAGUGUGUCUUGACCGGCUAAAGAACAUGAUCUUCAUGUGCGGCCAUGGCACCUGCCAGCUGUGCGGGGACCGAAUGAGCGAGUGUCCCAUCUGCCGCAAGGCCAUCGAGCGCCGCAUCCUCCUAUACUAGACCUCUCCACAGACUCGUUCUUCCCUUAAAGCCCGAGUGGGCAACGCCUGCAACACCACAUCCACACCAGCUGCUGCCGCUGCUGCCAUCCUCACAGCACUUGAGUCAGCCAGCCAAGUCUUACUCUACACUAAAAAUGCUCGCUUUAAUGUUGUGAUAGUGUUCAGAUGGAACUUCUGUUACAAAACGUGGAAAAAUAUUGACUUAAGUUAGAUUUGUCAUUCAGUCUUUUGUAUGUCUUUAGUGGAACCAGACGGAUGAUUUUCACAGAGGAGUCAGGUUAUCCUUUUUUUUUUUUUCUGGCUGUAUUCUUUAUCCUUUCCUCUGAGUUUUUAUUUGAUUUUUGAACUUUUUUUUAAUUUAAUUUUAUCUGAUAUAAACUGAAAAGGUAAGGCCCACCAUGGAAAAUGUAGACAAAUUCAUAGAAGUGGAGAAAACAUGAGUCCCUCUUUGAUCUUAAAUUUUCAUGCAUCUGUUGCUUUCAGUCCCAGCCGAUGUCAAGUGUUUUAUGUACUCGUGCAUCUUUCUUCAAGUGUAUUGGUAUCAGAAGCUGGGGUCGUGGAUUUGAAGUACUUACAUUUUCCAGGCAAGUUUGAAACGCACUGCUGCAUUUAGAGCUUAAACGAGAGGCUUAGAAAAUCCAGAUUGAUGUUUAUGUUCAUUUUGGCUGGUGUGGGCUCCCCUUUGGUGCACUAGAAGACCAAAUGUUGGCUGUUUUGCACGAGAAAAACUGAAAGUGUCUUCCACACUGACUGCAAGGGUUGCGCUGCCAUGCAGACAGUAAUGGUGCAAACAUCUUUCAGCUUUUGUCCACUAAAGAGCCUCUGUUGUACCUGUUUCACCCACAAAACCUUUAUGAUGCAAAACAAGUUUUUAACGAAAGUAUCUGGUAACAGUUUUAACGUUAAACUGUGGAAAGUUAGCGGUCUUGUCUGAUGAAAAUUGUUCUUUUGAUGAGUCUGUGCCAUCCACUUCCAAACAGCGAAUUUUCAAAUCAUUUUUAUGGGGAUAAGGUGCUCUUUAACUUGUAUUACUACUUUUAUUUAAGUGUUUUGUUUUCUUUUUUCUCAAAAUCAAAGUCUAUUGAAGUAGAGAGUACAAUCUAUUAGAAGCUGAAGAUGUAGAAUAAAUUAUUUUUAUUGCUGCCCACACAAUAGGAUUUAUAGGUGUCACUGCCUUCCUACUAUGUAGCCUCAAAAUCUCUCAAACAUUCUGCUUUGAUAUUCAUGUUGAAAUAUACUGUAUGAUGUACUUUUGUUGGCAGUAGCUUUCUAGCAUUCAUUGUUUUUUUCCCUCUUAAGUAGGUCUCUGUCAGCCAGUUUUGUUCAGCUGUGAAGCAGAAAAAAGAUUUCUUUUAAGUGUUCACCAGUGUUUUAUUUCGGAGGAAAUUUGAUUUUGAAAGACAGAACUUGCCUUACUUCUUAUACCAGGCGAGUUGUGCGUGUGGAGACUCAACAAAGUGGCUAACUUGCUCUGCUAUGUGGAAACGUGAAACCACAUCUAAGCGCUUUUUAGUUUUUUUGUUUUUCAGUUACAUAGAUUAUUUUCACUGAUCAUAACACCAAGCUAGAAGCACUAAUACGAUUUAUUCUGUUGUCGUCUUAUGGUUGUUAUGAAAAAGCUUAAUUUGUACUUUAUUUUCAAUACCUGUAACUGUCCUUUUAUGGGUGUUUUCAGUUGUGUUUUCUUUGGCAUGAAUGUUUGACAUACAAGACAACUUGUAUCAUUUCAAACUGUUCAGUCUGUACUGCUAAUAAGUGCUUUUAAAAACAACCAUACCACACAAAUAAAGUCCUAAAUCAGCCAUG